GAUAAAUUCAGGGUCUGGAAAUAUACCAUUUAUAAGGAAGUGCAGUUCAGUGAUAAAACUCAACAGAAAGCAAAGAGAUGUUGAGAAAUCUACAGGUCCUGAGAACAACGGUUAUUCACGAAUAGUAUUGGAGAAACAAUUUGCUGAUACUCUUAAAAUUCGCAUUCAUAAACUGAGAAAUUUGUUUGUGGUCUAUGCCUGCAACAGAACCUCUCACUCGAGUUCAAAAGGAUCCUGCUUUAGACUCUCAGGAUGAGCUCUUACCUGAAGAAAUGGUCCCGCUGUUCUUUGAACAGGAUAGACAAAUGCAAGGAAAAGAAGCGACUGAGUCAUUAAAUUGUGAACCAGUUCAGGAUGAAAAAUCACUGGAAAAAGAUAAAAAGAUCUCAAGUCAUCAAGCAACUCAGAAGGAAUUUUACGGUACAUUAAAAGCUCGAGUGGCUGAGUUGAGAAGAGAAACGAGCAUGCUCAAUCAACAACUACGGAGGCAAGCUACUAUGUGCGAGCAGCUUAGUGAAGACAAUAAGCUAUUAAUGGAUGAGCUAAAGAAGACUUGCGAACCAUGGGUCAUAGAAAUUCUCGAAGCAAACAAUCCGGAAACAAAUCCUCAAACAGAUUGAUAACUCAAGUCAGUCGAAAUACAGACGAAGAGUAAGUUUUAACUGCCCUUGUAAACGCGCACACAAAUCGAAAUCGUUCGAGAAAAAUGUUUUUUCAACAAAAAAAAGAAAAAAAAACUAGGUUCACAUCUAGUUUUGGUUUGGUUGUAUAGUGUAAAUUAUGGACACUCCAGUUUCUAUUUAUAUUUGAAAUAGUGAACUAUAGUUAAAGGC